GGUAUAAGUAAUUAUAUAUAUAUUUUUUUUUAAAAAGUGAAUCAUGUGUUCCAUCCUUUGUGCCAACUCUUCAUCUGCAGCUUUUUUUUUAACUGAAUAGACGAAUAUGCCUAUUAUUUUGAAUCCAUAUGUCAAACAAUUAUCCUGACAAUAAAUUUUUCUACAUGGGAUUUAUUUUAUUGCGUUAAAAAUGGCUAUUUUUUUCACCAUAUGUGGGCCCCAAAUUCAGUUCCUACUUACUCUGGGUUGUUUCAUUGUGUGCGUGUUUUUUACAAGAGGUGAAGAUGAUAUUCGGACUAGUAAUAUAAUGUCUAAAAAAGAACGAGAUGACUUAAAAGAGGAAUCUCGUGAAAUGUUUUAUCAUGCAUAUCGCGCUUAUAUGGAUAAUGCUUAUCCAGCUGACGAAUUAAUGCCUCUGAGCUGUGCGGGGCGUUACAGAGGAAUAGCUGCUCCUAGAGGGGAUAUGGAUGAUAUUUUGGGAAAUUUUUCACUAACACUUGUAGACACCUUGGAUAGUUUAGUUAUUUUAGGAGAUUUUGAAGAGUUCGAACAUGCUGUGAAAUUAGUUAUUAAUGAUGUUUCUUUCGAUAAUGAUAUUAUUGUAUCUGUAUUUGAAACUAAUAUUCGAAUGCUGGGUGGGCUUUUGUCGGCUCAUGUUCUAGCUGAAUAUUUGCAACAAAGAUAUGAUAUUAUGCUCUGGUAUAGAGGUGAAUUGCUACACAUGGCAAAAGAUUUAGGAUAUAGGUUACUUCCUGCUUUUAAUACAACAACAGGAAUUCCUCAUGCAAGAGUAAAUUUAAGGCAUGGGAUAAAGGGAGAACGAUUGGAAAAGGCUCGUGAAACUUGCACAGCUUGUGCUGGAACAAUGAUUUUGGAAAUGGCUGCCCUGUCUAGAUUAAGUGGAGAACCUAUAUUCGAAAUGAAAGCACAUCACGCAAUGGAUGAAUUGUGGAAAAUGCGUCAUCGGAGUUCUGAUUUAAUGGGGACUGUUCUAAAUGUACAUUCUGGAGACUGGAUAAGGAAAGACUCAGGUGUAGGUGCAGGAAUAGAUUCUUAUUAUGAAUAUUGUUUGAAAGCCUAUAUUUUACUUGGUGAAGACAAAUAUUUGAAUCGAUUCAAUAGACAUUAUUCUGCGGUCAUGAAAUAUAUAAGUCAAGGGCCAAUGUUAUUGGAUGUUCAUAUGCACAGACCACAUACAAAUUCAAGGAACUUUAUGGAUGCUUUAUUAGCUUUUUGGCCAGGUUUACAAGUUUUAACUGGUGACUUAAAACCUGCAGUAGAAACUCAUGAAAUGCUAUACCAAGUCAUGCAGAGGCAUACAUUAAUACCAGAGGCAUUUACAUUAGAUUUUCAAGUUCAUUGGGCGCAGCAUCCUUUAAGGCCUGAAUUCUUGGAAUCUACAUAUUUCUUAUAUAGAGCUACACAGGAUCCAUAUUACUUACAGGUCGGUAAGAAAGUUCUUAGAGCACUGCAGGUACAUGCAAAAGUACCAUGUGGUUAUGCCGCUGUUAAUGAUGUCAGAACAGGAAUGCAUGAAGAUCGAAUGGAUUCAUUCGUACUUGCAGAAACUUUUAAAUAUUUAUUUUUAUUAUUUUCUGAUCCGUCGGACUUAGUAUUAGAUCUGGAUGAAUUCAUUUUUACAACUGAGGCACAUUUACUACCACUAACACUAGCAGGGAGUGUCAAUAAUUCCACUAUAUUGGGUGCGAGUGAUCUUGAUGAAGAUAUACUUGAUACGGAAUUUAGCCGAACCUGUCCAACAACAAGAAAACUAUUUCCUGAAUCAGUAAGAAAACCUCUACAGGAUUUAGUUUCUGGAGUUUGCGUUAAAACUAGUCAACCAGGGUCCAGGAAACUCAAAGCAGCCGAUUUUCAGACAAACAAUCCGGAGCAUUUGAAAAUUGUCAGAGAUAUGGGAAUAUCUAUGUUAACACUCAAUGAUGGAAGAGUUCAGCUUCUACACACAUUUUCCAGUGCUCGUUCACCAGCUGAUGCAGAAGAAGGUUUAAUUUUUAUGCAAGAAAUGGUUGAAUUAUCAAAAACACAAUCUUUGAAUAAUGAUGUAGUACCUCAAUCUGUUGUGUUUUGGACAAAAAAUUCCAAGGAGAUUCCUCAAAAGGUUGUAUUAUUAGCAGGCCCAAGCCAUUUCGGAAGAAAGUUGGAAGGAGAUGAUAAAGUUUUCGGCAAAGUUGUUUUUACUGAGCCAUUGAGAGUUUGUUCAGAAAUUCUAAACUCAAAGGAUUUGAAAGGACGCAUUGCAAUAAUGGAAAGAGGUGAUUGUAUAUUUGUUGAUAAAGCGCGAAAGGUUGAAGCAGCUGGUGCCAUUGCUGCUAUUGUAGUAGACAAUGUUCCUAGCACCUCAUCUACUUUUUCACCAAUGUUUAUAAUGUCAGGAGACGGAACUGAUGAUGUUCAUAUUCCCGUAGUAUUUCUAUUCACUGCAGAUGCUAAUGUUUUGAAAAUUGCUAUGCAAAAAGAUCCUAAUCUAGAAGUUGUAUUAGGUGUAGCACAAAUGAUGAAAAAUCAAAGCAAUGAAGCUCCUAAUAUUUUUGAUGAAACUCAAACCGAGAAAAAUAAUCUGCUUGGUGAGAAAGUAAAUGAAUCACGCAGCAUCGGUGACAAGCACGGUUCAAUAGCUUUAAAAUACUUUACAGCUAGUUUUGUUACUGUCAAUGGUAAAGUGAAAGUUGUCAUUGAGUACACAGGACCUUCAAAAACUACAGAUUUGAAGUCUGAACAGAAUAACGAUGACACAAAAAAUUUGUUUGCUCCUUUUGUUUGGAACAAAAAGCGGAAAGAAAUCUUGAAUAGAGUUUUUUCGGGAAAACUAGAAUUGCCUGAAGAACUUGUAUUAUAUUAUUUCAACAUAGUCAAUGAGCAACGUGGUCCAGAUUUCAAAAGUCGAUUAAUGGUUGGUCUUAGAUGGAUGACGCACUGGCUAUUAAAUGAAUUGGAAAUAGAACGAGAUCCUACAAGCAUUUAUGCAAUACCCAGUGAUUUAAUAGUAGAAGUAAGCAAAUCUGAUAUCAAAAACAAAUUGGCAGCCACUCAAAAAUUAUUUGAUGAAAUUUUAAGAUUCAAAGAUAAAUCACUAAUUGAACUUUUAGAGCGAAUGGAUAAAAUUGAAAGUUUAGUCAAACCUAAACCUGCCAGUGUUGAUUCAGAUGAAAUUGUUUCUAGUGAUCGGACUAUAAGUAAUAAAAAAGAUGAACUUUGAUGUUUGUUGACAGAUUCAGAGAUUGAAUAUUAUUUUGCUAA